AUUUCCCAUUCCACGGGUUUAAUUUGUUUUGUUGAUGUCAGGGAUGGAUUUAGAACAGUAGCAGAACACUAUUUUGAAAACGAUCAAGUUUGUGGAAUGAUUACGUUCUCACCUGACUGUCGAUCUCUCAUUUGUUGUCAUGGGACACUGGGAGAUCUCACUCUUGGUCUACAUUAUCGUUUGAAUGUCAAUAUAACGGAACACCCCAGCUGUACCUUAGAUGUUUUGAAUGGCUUGUCGUCUUGGGAAUUGGAAUCACCCGGUGUGGCUGGCUUUUUGUUAGGAGAUCCUGUUUUGCCCUGGGAUGGUGAGUUUGCUUUUGUGUUACAUGUAGAUGCGCUAACAGUAUUGAAAGAUCAUUGCUACCGUCGUGUCUUAGAGAUGCUGAAUAUCAAUGAACUACGCAAAACUGUGAGGAAAACAAGAACUGACGAAGUAAUUCAUCUUUUGCCCUCUCGGUUUCGCACAAUGAUGAGAAUGAUGAGGGUCGCACUGUCUUUGACUGGGGAAACCGUUUAUGUUCUCAGUGGUUGUGCGAGAAAUGCAAUGGUUACGGCUUGGGACGUUUCAAGUGAGGAACCCGUUGGCCAGGUCGAUUUUUUCGAGAAUUCAUGUUUUGAAGCUCGCUUGAAAGAAGGUGUCCUACUAUCAACAGCAAAUGGUUGUCUUGAGUUGUGGAAUUUUGAAUUGUCAAACUGCAUCCGACGCUGGCCUAACUUGGUUCAACCCAUGGAAUUCACACAGAUAGUCCCCAUAUCAGAAGAGCGGGUGGCGUUAAGAAGUGAGAAAAAAGUGAUCAUCCUGAAUACCACAACCUCAGAGAUCGUGUCGAUUCCAGUUGAUCGUAGAUAUUUUGUCACAUGUAACAGUAAAUGUCAGGUGUUAACCUACAGCUCCGAUUCACUUCAGUUGUUAGAUGGACAAAGUACUCUCUGGAAAACCGAUCUCCGUCUCCCAAGGAGAGGUUUACCCCCGAUUGAUUCCGUUGGAGUGUUUUCACUUUCUGAACAGUUUGUUGUCAUUUUGGCCAUAACAGAAGUGGUUGACGUAGGAGUGUACGUCCUUGAUGCAUUUUCAGGAAGAAUACUACACAUUUUAUGCAAACGCGUUAGGCGUCUGUUUGGUUGCCAAUUUGUCAGUGAAGAGGAAUGUGUUAUCCUCUCCGAGGGUGCCAUAGAAGGUUCUACCCUUCGACUAUUUAACAUUGAGUCUGGUGACCUGCUGAGCGUAAUCGACCUGCAAAGAAAACCGUCUCAUUUAGCAGUCUGUCCUCGUAAACGUCUCCUCGCCAUUGACCAAAGUGACUCUGAACUCGGAUUUGAACUUAUCCAAGUGCAUUUGCCCCGAGAUAAAGACAGCAGGAAUAACAAAAGGAUGCCUGCCAACACACCACAGGUCGAAAAGAGCCCAGGAAAUAGCAGACGGUAUGCUGUUAGUGUAGAUUUUUUAGCGGCAUUUUCACCCUUUUUUUUUAACCGCUCUUGGUAUCGGCUUCAUAUAUUUGUUUCGAGUUUUAAUUGGUUGACUAGAUUGCCUGUGUUCUUUGUGACCUGUGUGAGUGAUUUCUUUGGUUUUGGACACUCAAUUAAAAACCAGACUACCAUGUACGAAAAACAACCCUAA